AUGUCGUAUGAACGUGCACUGUUGAUACUGCAAUACGUCAAUUAUGUUUUUCUUGUCUUUGCGUCCAUCAACACAGUCUACUUUAUUAGUACUGUAGUGAGGGCAAAGACGAUGCACAAAAAUUUCCGCUUCUUCUUGGUGAGUAAAUAUCUACAAGUUACGGUAUAGUUGUUAGUGAAGCUCAAGUUUUCGUCAAGUCUGGGACAAAUUUACAGGGGAAUUACCACAAGUGCGACGCUAUUUAUUAUAGAAAAGUCGCUUUUUCAGAAAGAGAUUAAUGUUUUUUUAGUCGGAAGUUUUUUUGGUAUGAAAAUUUUCGUACCCAUUUCUACCAUAGAGGGUAAUGUUCCCAUAAAAAAUCAAUCUUUUCCGGUAAGGAUACGGCCAAAAAAUGUGGUUUUCUCUCUAACCGCUGUCCGCGUUUAGCGUACUCUCUCGGCCGCAAAUAUCGUUGAAUAUCUCGGAUGCGCUUGAGAAGCCCUAGGCAGUGAAACUUUGUUUUGUGUCCUUAAGUUUCAAAUGUUUUUGCAUUGACUUGACAAUUUUGUAUCGCCUCCGAAAAAUAUUUGUAACAGUCUGUUGAGAAAAUAAUAAGCGCUAUGCCGCUGCGCCAAUCGUGUCGCUGAAGUGAGCCAUUUGAUUUUGCCGCGACACAAUUCAUUUUCUCGACAGCGAUGCGAUUUUUGCUGCAAAAGAGAGCCGAUUAUUUUCCCGACAGACAUCUUUACCUUCAACAAAUUGUCCAGAAAGUUACUUUACUGUGUUACAUAAAAAUUUUCAGUGCUACACCAUGGCAGUGAUCCGUCUGAUCGGGAUCACUCGGAUGUUUCCGGAGCUCCUGCAGAAGAUGGCGCCUCAAUCCGAAUUCCUCGACUAUUUUUGUGCCCUAUUCUCAUUUCUCAACUGUAUUUGCACUGGCCUCGCGGAUUGGACAAUGAUGUCGCUGGUCGUGGAGCGACUAAUUGCAACGCGAAAUCACACAAGUUAUGAGAGGCAGGGGGUUGGGUUCGCAAUCGGCUACAUGAUUUUUGCUUUUGCUUAUUCGGUGGCCUUCGCUGCGGUCGUGUUUUUCUACGAUCAAAGCCCGUGGUUUCAAGGUAAGAGAUGCUUUGUUUUACCGGGUUUUCAGUUUACUUCUACAUAUAUUACUUUUCUUUCGUUUAGCACAAACUGGGGUUUAGAGUGAAAACAUAUUAAAUUAUACUGUAGAGUUUGAUUUGUUAUUAUAUUUUGCACAAAUGGAAAACAACAUUAGGCAGAGGUUUUCUCGUUCCUUGUCCUCAAGAUUUUUGCAAUACCUAAUGCAGUAAAGCACAAAGACCUUACAAAACUUUUCUAUUAUUAUAAUAAUAUAUACAAAUUUGAAGGAGCCAAGAGUCUAUUUUAGGCUCACGCUCAGAUUGCGAUGAAACUUGGCACAAAUGUGGAAUAAUUCUUUCAAAAUAUAUCCUAGCUCGCGCUUUGCAACAACCACCUGGACUUUUUAGUCGAAAGGCGACAAAAAUUUGAGAUUGUUUUUCGAAUUUCGGCACGAAAAUUUGCAUCCCUGUUUCUACCGUAAAGGUUAAUGUUUCCACAAAAAAUGAACUUUUUCCGCACGAAACUAGCGAGGUUACGGCUGAAAAGUGUUUUUCUCUCGGACCGCUCUCCGCGUUUAGUGUACUAACUCGGCCGCAAAUAUCGUUGAAUAUCUCGGCUUUGCCUUCAAAGUGCGAGCUAAAACUUUGAGGAAUUGAUACUUAGUCUAUGCCCGAAGUGUGUGCAAAAUUUAAGGAAAAUCUGAGCUUCGCACUUGGGGUACUUCCGUUGCAAGAUAUCUGCGAGAGUCCUAGCGCGCGUUUCGCUGAAAUCACCGAGAUUUUUAGAUCAAAAGUCGGAAAAAAUGAGACUCUUUUUACCAAAUUUCGGCAUGAUUUUUUCCAUUGUGAUUCUUUGUACAGUAAACUUUUUGUCGUGUGUCAACUGCCUCUUUUCCGGACAACCUGUAGCCAAACCACUUACAGUUUUAGUGACCAACACCUUCACCUGCGUCAAGCAAUACAAAUACAUCGAGAUUCGGCUGUGGUGCUGGUUCUCGAUGGGAACGGUAACGCUGAUCGGUCUCCCGAUCAUGCGACGAAUCUACAAGAUCAACAAGAAGCUCCAGCGACAAAUGAACACGGGGCUGUCCAGCCGCUACCAGCUGCAGGAGAAUGUGAUGGCGCUGAAGGGAUUGGUGCCCGCAAUUACGUGGGGAGUAAUGAUUAUUGGGAACAGCGGAGUAUUCACUUGUUUGUUGCUGUUUUGGGAUUGGUAUGUGAGCCAGCAGAUCACAUCUCGGAUUCUGCUCUUGUUGGAGGUAAGAGAUUAGGGACUGGGGAGGAAUAAUAGUUCGUUAGAAAUUGCUGGUGUGAUCGCUGCGGCAUGCAUUGUGCAGAAAAAGUCAAAAUGCAAGCGACAGCUCAAAAAAGCCUAUUUCACGGUGCAAAAAGCCAAGCAUUGCACAGUGUCAUGUCUUCUCAAGGGCAUGUCGCCAAAAUCGCUCCAGCGACUUUGCGAACGGACUAGUACACGUAAGAACGAAAAUAAAAGAAAAAAGAAAUUUCGUCGGCGGAGCAAAAAAGCAACUUUGAUUUUUUCCUUCUUUCUCUGACAGCUCUCUCUAUCUUUGUGCACGCGCCCUCUUCCUCUCGUCACUCUGCGAAAAUAUUAGGUUGUCCAACAAAUAUAAUGACCCUCUUUGAAAAAUUUACUUUUCGGCAAAAUUUAUCGUAAUAACAGCGAUCUGUAUAAUCAAAAAAGUUAUCAUUUGCUUUAACACGCUUAUUACAAUGUGCCAAAAAACUUUUUAUGUCUGUAGCUUAGAAACCCCGGCUUCUGGAGCCAAUGAAACUUUUGAAGGCCUUUUCAAGGGCGUCUUGAUUGUCGAAUUCCCUACCACUGAUGAAACGUGCUAGAUUCUUGAACAGAUGGUGGUAUGUAUAGGCCAGCUUUGAGAAAUACGCUGGACGAGGGACAGUCUCGUAUCUCUAUUAAAUCGGCUUCUGGAAGGUCAUUUUUUAACGGUGAGGUUCCUGUUGCCGCGAAAAAUUUUUGGACUUCUGCGGCGCAUCGUUGAAGGCAGAUGCUGCCACAAACUGUCUACCUGGAUACAAUAGGGGAUGGUAUUUACAUUUUGGCCAGCUUUCAAGAAGCUAUACUUUACUAUUCCUGCGCUGCACCAUCAAGAAGUAGUCAUCACCUUGUUUUGGGGGAGUCGGGCUUUGACAAGUGCCACGGUGACGCCCUCGGAGAAUUCCAUUAGGCAUAUCUCGUCUGAUUGUCGUAGAAGACCCGCUUUUCAUCAUAGGCCACGAUCUGAUCCAGGAAAAUUGUUUUCCGGCUCGCAAAAAUGGGAAAUGUCGCGCCUCCAUUCUUUGCUUUGAUCCAAUAAUGUGGGAGCAAGUUGCCCAGCAUUUUUUUGAAUUCAAUCAACGUCGAAUAGUUAGCCCCCGAUUAUUUCAACACCCAGACGAUGUCACAGAUGCGUCGGAUGUUGAUUCUAGGAUGGGCGUCAAUCAAUGACCUCAGGCUAAAUUCAUAAAGUCUGGAUGCCGUAUUUUAUCUUUGGGUCCCUCGCCGUCAGAUCGAAAAUUUUUAAAGCACCGUUUCACCAUAUUCCGACACAGAACGCACUAGCCGAACGUGACGUUGAUACUUUACGUAGCUUCUGAAACUUUCGCAUCCUGUUUUUGCUCGUACAAGAUGACAGCGCGAACCGACUUUUUUUCGAUAAUUUUGGAUUAGAGCUAAAUUACUGUAAUUUGGUCCAAAUAUGGCAAGCGAUACAUCAAACGAAAGCCUGAGAUCUCAGCUACAAAAUGGUGUAAUAUUUCGAAAUUCCAUCAUCGAUUACCUUGUUUAGAGACUUUAGACUUUACCCCUCUCGAAGAGGGUCAUUAUUUGUUGGACAACCUAAUAGAACAAAAAAGGAAGAAAGCCCGAUUUCCUUUCGAAAUCAAAGCACAGAAAGAGGCGAAAUCUUUAUUUCGCGGAUCGCUACGCCGUUGACGAAAUCCCCUUUUUAUGUUGACGUGUAGUAGCCAUUUUUCUUUUUCUGGUGGAAGAGACCACACAUUUGUGUGGUCUUCUGAAUGUAAUCAUACAAUAUUUUCCGGCGAUUUUUUUUCGAAUUUCGCUAUUCUUUUGAGAAGUCUCGAAAAAUCGGAAUUUUCUUUACAAAACCGGCAGGCUGGGCUAGAAACUCAAAGCCCUGCAAAGCGUCAAUCAAAAAGUUAAUUUUUCAUGAAUUUGAAUCCCAUAACUGCGCAAGCUUGAAACAUAAAAUUUUUUGUAACCUAAUUUCCAACCUCCCAACCUUAUGAUUCCUUUGCAGAUCAACGUCUUCGUCGUGGACCUAUCGCCAACCGGAUACGAGCUGAUCUUUUUGCAAUCGUUGCCGCCACUUCGUGAAAUCCUGAAACGUGAUUUCAGCUGUUGCUUCAAGGAGCCGACUGAAGCCCAAAUCUUCAAAAACCGCCCGGCCCUAGCGGACGAGGGGUCUGUGUACUUCAAGCAAUUCCAAAGUCAGUGGGGAUAG